UUUUCAGUAAAGAUUCUAGAUAUGGUCGUUUCUAUACUAUAAAGUGUGUAAUUAACUCAAUUAUAUAAAAAAAAACUAAUAGAAUAAUCACGUGUACUUACCAGCACACAACCAUGCAUAGUUAAAUGUUCCAAGGUAACAUUAUUUCUUAUUUCAUAAACAGUACUAUACAGUUUUGUUAUUUAUGACUGUGAUGUCAGUUAAUCAGGAUAAACAAAAAACAUAUCAGAAUAAGAAGGAAUGAGAUCACCAAGAUUGUAAAUAAAAUGUUGAUCAUUUUUCAUGACACUCUGUCCAAAAGUUGGAUAGUUACAAUAAGAUUCAGUCUGUUUAACUAUAGUUGUGUGUAUGAUACCAGAUGAUUCUUUGCUACUGUUUAUCACAAGAAUACCUAAAACUUUAUCUAAAAAGAACAAUUAACAAAUCAAUAUAUGGAAUAAUUCAUUAGUAUAAUUUGAAUCAUUAUUCACUUUAUCAUAUUGUUUCACCUUUCAUUUUUAAAUGAUAGUAACAGGAAUAGUAAAAUAAAUGGUGAUCUUGUUUACUAACUUGAAAGUUAAUAUUACAUAAUAAAGACGGUUAUAUCAUUAAGUUGGGGUGAGCAUUAUUAAUGCAUGCAGUUUUAGUGCAUUAGAUUGUGAGAGAUAACUGUCUGAACGAUAGAAUGUUGCUAAAUCUUGAUUUCGUGUUGGUUUACUCCAAAGUGUUUGUAAUCAUUAAGAUAAUCUUGAUGAUCUAUUCAAUCAACUCUAAGAAUCAAACAAAACGGUUAUUUCUCAAUGGUAAUCGAUGUAAAUGUUCAUUAGUUUAAUAAAUGUAUCUACGUUGAUUAGAUUUUUAUUAAUGUUUUACACAAUCACAAUAUUCAUUACAACUUUGUAAAAACCAUACAUUCAGUCUGUUUCCAUCCCAUUAUCAUAUAACAAUCUUGAUGUUGAAAUAAAGUCAACGAUCGAAUAAACUCUAUUACUUUUGUACAGAGUCCAAUAGAUUUUCUGCUGCAGUUUUUUCUUUCUUGGUUGACAAUAACAGAAAUCCGUGACUGUUAGAAAACUUAAAAAUCAUUCGAAAUCCGGGCUCAUUAGUUUAGAAGUUAAGUAUUCGUGCUAGAGACCGAAGGUCCUGGGUUCGAUUCCAGGUUACGAGAUUAUGGGUGAGCACUGGUGAGGAGUUUCACACUAAGAAGAAACGGUUUUCAGUGAUUUUCUAACAUUGAUAGGUUCAUGAUCUCACCAAAAUUCAAUAAUCUCCGCAACCUGAAAUGCUAUUCUGUUUGUCGAACUUGCUUUCCGAAAAUAAACCAUCUUUAACUGUUAUUAAUUUGUGUGGCGUAUGCUUAAUAACUACCUGCCUCAAUGUGUGAUAUUGGCUACGAUGUUGAGUGUGGAGUUAGAAUAAAUCUGUGAGUGGUAAGACUAAUAUGUGUAGUCAGUUCAUUAGGUCAGUGAUUGUAAGACUGAGCAGUGUAGGUAGGUACAGAUUACCUGGUUGGGGUUAGACAUUUUGAAUGAUAUGAGUCAGAAUUAGUCGGAAUGGAAAAUGUGCAUUCACUUGGAUUCUUUUCUUGGAUUUUGAGUUUUAAGAUUAUCUAAUGCCUUCUUUCUCCUCGAAUCAUACUGUAGUGUAGUGUUUUCUAAUACAGUUGAUAUUGUUACUCCUUCUACUAAUCUGACGUUUGUUUUGAUAAUUUAGUAUCACUGUACUGAUGCCAUGUGACAACCGAUGUUUGAAUGUACCAGAUCUCACACUACUUAUGAUUAACUGACUGAAUAAUGCUAACCAGUUAGUCAUAAAUUAAUGUAUGGCCGUAUGAAAUUGUCAUCACUUUACAUCAGGAAAUUCAGAGAAAAAAUGCAUGCGAUGAAAAAUUAUCGUCCCCGUCAAAAAAUUCUUAUUUGUGGAUUACCAGAUGAUAUAUCCCCUUGUUUAGAUUAUGCAAUGAUAGCGAAACCUGGAAUGAUUGACUACUCAUCUCUAAUUAUUGCCAGUACUGAUGUUGAUGAAUUAAUUGUAAAUUAUUUUGGAAAAAUUAAAAUUCAUCUUGUCAAUUGGGAUGAAACAGACUAUGAAGAGAUGCUAAUUGAACGUGUACGACCGAGAUCAGAUAAUUUUGUGAUUCCGUUAAUAAUUGAAUUUCAACCAACUAUUAGACGAAUGAAACGAAUUAGAGAAUUAUUAGAAAAGAAUGGUACAUUAGUAAUACCAAGUGAGAAUCCUGAAUGGCGGAUACGAUAUACAAAUUUAAUGAAUAGUUUUACAGAAAACAAUGGAACACUCAUUAAAUUAGCUGAAAAUGUUUUCGAUGCUGGAUUUACACGUCAAAUUGAUCAUUUACUUGGGAGAAGACAUAUGCAUUCACGUAUCUAUUUCGGCUAUGAAAAACCGAUUGCAUCACCACAGAAAUUUAUUGACUAA